AUGGGCAUUGAAGCUGAGAGCCAGAUAUGGCACGUAGUGCUUACGAAUACUGGUUUACCGUCCGAUUUUCAGCUCGACCAUAACUGCAGACUCCCGCACUCGAACUUUGUUGGUAACAUUGGAAUUGUAGGAAACUAUCGUAUGACGCUACCCAAUCGUAGCUGUCCUAGGGCGCUCUCAAAGCUUUCCGAUGGCAGCCCUGUGUCAUUAUACGAAGAUAUUCAUCACGCCCGUCAGGAAGAGUAUUCUAUGGGGUUGAUACCCCUGCCGACAGAACAGCAUAUGUACAGCUUCCCGAUCCAAGGAUUAGCAGUUAAUAUGGGUCUCGGCUCGCACAUACCACUAGCGUUACCGCCACUGCUACCACCAGGCUUAAUUAAUGAUAACAUUGCUUCGCGAUUCCACCAGGAGCCGAGUUCAAAUCAAGAGGUUUUGGCUUCCGUAAUGUUUACGGAUUUUCAACCCAGCUCAAGACAGAGCCCUCAAGCACCGCCUGCUUCAGUGCUAGCCACAGAAGGGGAGACAGGCAUUGUGAGCCCGGUAAUCGUAGGAAUGUUGAUGGAAGUUGGCGACACGCCUCCUAGUGAAGAACAAGUCGCGGAGUUUACAAGGAGCUUUCGGAAGGACGGAGUCGGAAAAGGCGCAACUAUGAUCAUCUGUCUUCAUUGCCCGCAAGGCUCAGAAAGCACGCCAACAGCGGUCUGGAUAAAAUGUGUAGCCGCAAGCUCUGUAUCGCUUAUGCAAGCGAGAAUGUCUUCCUCGGUUGGGGUACGGCGGACCGGAGGACCAAGCUGUUUCUCGGUGACAACAAUAUUACUCCCGGUAGCCAUCACUCCGCAGAGCAGCCUAGCUGCUCAGGUAUACUUUAAUCCUCGAGGUCAACGCGGCCAAUUCGAGGACCGAAUAGAAUUUGUAUUCAAGGACCAAGGUGGAACUUUUGUGAUAACUCGACCGGUCAGGGCGAUCGCAGGUACUGAUGAUUUGGUUGCUCUGGCACCAAUUGCCCCCUAUCAACGCGCUCGCCGAGCCCGAGAGAGAGACAUAUACCAGGAGAUUAUCAAUAUCGAGAGAGAUGAUGCGAUUGUACCUCAAGUAACAUACAAGCGCAGAUUGAAAGUUGAAGGGAUUCCUGAAGAUAUGAGAGCUCUCCUUGGUCGAGGACGUAUCGAGAACCAAAUUCAAGCUUUCAAAGAACGAUAUCUUCCAGAAAUAUUAGAUAUCGAUACGUUUCAACAGCACUGGUCUAACCUUGUGCACGCAGAGCACAUUCAAGCCGAGAUCGACCUUAAGGAGUUUGAUAUGGAUGACAUUACUCUACAACGGACAAACAAUUCAUAUCGAUUGACGGUACCGGGUCUAUCGGAAAAAAGACCUUCUGUCAUAGUGGGCGACAGGAUUAAACUUCAUCCGCACAGUGAACCAGAGAAAGUUUGGUAUAUGGGAAUCGUGCGCGAAAUAGAAACAACAACAGUUCUAGUCGCAUUCGACAGAAGGUUUCCUCACGCACCUGGCGCUCUGUAUGAUGUUCAGUUUGUCCUCAAUCCUGUCCCAUUCCAGCGAAUGAUUCAAGCGUUGAAUGUAACUCCGAAGCGACCAGAAAUCUUGUUCCCACGGGUGGAAGAUGCCACAGCUUCAUCAAUUGCAGCCCAGAAUUUAGAAGAGCCCGAAAUCGAGCUAUAUAAUCAUAUUAUUGGUUCGAAUGAUGAACAAUACAAUGCGGUUGCCAAGGUGGUUGGACUACCGCCAGGGAGCCUGCCUUUCAUUGUUUUUGGACCUCCUGGGACAGGCAAGACUGUCACAAUUGUUGAGUGUAUCUCUCAGUUACUCAAUGACGAGAACGUUCGAGUCCUGGCAUGCGCUCCCAGCAAUUCCGCCAGCGACUUGCUUGCUCAGCGGUUGAUUUACCUACGAGGACUCCAGACAAAUGAAUUACUGCGUUUGAACGCACUGUGGCGCCCCCGUGUAACCCUCCCUGAAGAUCUGGUUGAAUAUUCACUUAUAAAUGCUACCGGGAACAGCUUCCGAGCCCCGACCCUAGAACAACUGAGGCCAUAUCGUGUAAUCGUCACCACCUGCUCAACGGCUGCCUUGCUUUAUGGACUUGGAGUAGAUUCAGGAUAUUUUACGCAUAUAUUUAUUGAUGAAGCUGGCCAGGGGUCUGAGCCCGAAGUUAUGAUUCCUAUCUUGACGAUGUCAAGACUGGACACUAACGUUGUUCUGAGCGGCGACCCGAAGCAGCUGGGGCCUGUUAUUCGCUCACCUGUUGCGAGAACAUUGGGGAUGAAUGUUAGCUACCUUGAUAGACUCAUGGAGUCUCCAACCUAUGACGAAGUCACUAUGAGAGGGAUAUCCGUCGUGAAGUUGCUUCAGAAUUUCCGCAGCCACGAGAGAAUUAUAUCGUUUCCCAAUGAAGAGUUCUAUCGAAACGAACUCGUUGCUCAUGCUCCGGCCAGUGUUGCUGAUAGUCUUCUGAGCUGGAAUGGCCUUGCCUCUCCAGAUUUCCCUGUUGUUUUUGAAGCUGUGAGAGGGGAGGAUAUGCAAGAAGAAAAGUCGCCUUCCUAUUUUAAUCCUCACGAAGCUUCGUUAGUAAAGGAAUAUGUGCAAGGACUUCUUCCUUUUAUUGCCUCGUCCAGAAACAUUGGUAUUGUAACUCCUUACAAGGCGCAAGUCCGUAAGAUUCGAAAGUUGCUCAAGGACAACGACAUUGCCGAUAUUGAUAUAGGCAGCGUUGAACAAUUUCAAGGACAAGAACGGCAAGUCAUCAUUGUAUCCACUGUUCGAAGCAACAAGGACCUAUUGUCGUUUGAUUUGAAGCAUACGCUUGGGUUCGUUUCGAAUCCUAAGCGCCUGAACGUCGCUAUCACACGGGCACAAUCGCUUUUGGUCGUAAUAGGAGACCCGCUCGUCCUCGGGCUGGAUGCUUUAUGGCGCCGAUUCAUGUAUUUCGUGUAUCGCUCGGGAGGAUGGAAAGGAGCCCCGUUCCCUUGGAGCCCCGACGCAGAUCCCGAUGAUGAUCCCGCAACAUUUGAUGCAGCCGAGAGAGACCUCCGAGACCUCUUGAGGCGGGCUACCGAGGUUGGCAGUCCCAGUGAGCUUGACCCAAUCGGCACGGGAAAUGAAUGA